AUGGAUCACAACUCACAUCGUACAGAAUCGACAUGCGGGUCGAUAGGCGGCUCGACCGAUCUACAAAAGCCGAGACGUGACACCGACCCCGAGGCUUUGACUCGCCUGGAAACCUCACAAUCGCAUGUUCCAGCCCCCAAAUCCCUGCUGAAAGAAGUUAUAUUCGUCAGUGUGGUGUGUAUGGCGCAGUUUAUGACUCAGGCCGGCCUCUGCAUGUCUAUUGCCCCAGUCCAUAUAAUCGGGGAUAGUUUUGGCAUCACCAAUCCUGCUUCUUUAAGCUGGUAUGCCGCUAGCUAUAGUUUAACCGUAGGGACUUUCAUUCUGGUGGCAGGCAGGCUGGGCGACGUUUAUGGACAUCGCCUGAUGUUCAUCGUUGGGUUUUUGUGGUUCGCACUCUGGUCGGUCCUGGCCGGUUUCUCUGUGUGGAAGGAUCAAAUAUUCUUUGCCUGCUGCCGUGCGCUCCAAGGCGUAGGCGCUGCCAUGUUACUACCGAACGCCAUCGCAAUCCUGGGUCGAACCUAUCCGCCAGGACUUCGAAAGGAGAUGAUCUUCAGCCUGUUCGGUGCCACCGCUCCAGGGGGGUUCAUUGUUGGCGGGGUGUUUUCCUCCCUCAUUGCUCAGCUCGUAUGGUGGCCCUGGGGAUACUGGAUCAUGGGCGUGGCUUGUGCAGUGCUCGCGCUACUUGGGUGGCUUGUUAUUCCAUACAGUCCGCAACCUAAGUUCGACGACAACCUUCGCUUUACUGAAAGGUUGGACUUGCUUGGUGCCACAGCGGGAAUAUCUGGUCUGGUAUUGAUCAACUUCAGUUGGAACCAGGCCGCCUUAGUGGGCUGGAAGAAUCCAUAUACCUAUGUGCUCUUGAUUAUCGGAUUUCUUUGCCUAGGCGCUUUCGCAGUCGUGGAGCGCAAAGCCGUGUGCCCACUACUACCUCGAUCGGUCUUUACCGGAAAUCUCGCAUGGGUGCUUGGUUGUAUCGCAGCAGGCUGGUCUAGCUUUGGAAUUAUCAUCUAUUACUUCUAUCAGUUCAUGGAGGUAAUUAAGGGCGAUUCCCCGCUGCUGGCCACUGCCAAAUGGUCUGGCGCAGCGGCUAGUGGUGCAGCUGCUGCUCUUAUCACUGGCUUUUUACUUGGCCGGUUGCCCCCGAGCGUUAUAAUGUUCUUCGCAAUGGCAUCCUUCACGGCCGGACUAUCAAUCUUCGCCACCGUCCCUGUCAAUCAAAUAUAUUGGGCGCAGGCCUUAGUUGCAAGUUUAAUCACUCCUUUUGGGAUGGAUAUGUCAUUUCCUUCUGGAACACUUAUUCUCAGUAACUCCAUGCAUCGCCACCACCAGGGGCUUGCAGCUUCUCUCGUGGCAACGACGGUCAACUACUCCAUCUCCCUUGGCCUUGGAUUUGCAGGUACGGUGGAGACCCACGUCAAUGACGGAGGCAAAGAUAUACUCCAGGGAUAUCGCGGAGCCUUGUAUAUGGGCAUUGGCCUAGCCGGGUUGGGGCUGUUCAUCUCCAUUCUUUUCAUGAUAGCAAGUUGGAAACAAUACCGCGCAAAAAGAUCAUGA